AUAUAUUUGUUCCACCAUCAAAACUUACGCGAACGUUUGUCUGUUCGUUCGUUGGUUCAAAUAACCGGUAAAACCAGGGGUAUUCUUCAACACCAUGGUCAUGGAUGCUUCUGCUUCUGCAACUCCAUCCAGGAACCAAAAGGGAGCUUCCAAGUUCCUCUCUAAUCUUCCCUCCAAAGGCCUUUUCUCCUCCCCUGUUGUUUCCUCCAAUCUCGGUGGAAUGCGUGUCUAUGUUACUGAUCAUGAUACAUCACCCCCAGAUAACCAGCUAAUAAAAACGGAUCAAAUGAACAUACUUAUAAGAUCUCUUCUGCUUAAGCAGCAACAGAAAACUGAAUCAAGCGCAAAAGGUGUGGGCACAAAAGAAGGCUCAAGAAAGCGGGUUUCCGAAAGAGCUGUGGAUGGUCGGACCUCUACAAAACGGGCAGCAUCCCAACAAGAGGGACCGAAAUCACGGCUACCUGAAAAUCUCAACGCUUUGACUGUAGAGAGACUCCGAGUGCUAUUAAGAGAGAGAGGCCUUUCCCAAAGAGGAAGGAAGGAUGAGAUAAUUGCACGUUUGAAAUCUGCACUUGGUUGAGCAAUCUCUGGGACUCCCAAGUUUUGGGUACUCACACAUCACUUAUAACUAAAGAAGUAUAUUAUCAGUGUGUUAAAGGACUAAAAUGGUAAUUGCAGCAAGUCAAUUUGUGUAAUAUUAUAAGCUGAUGCUUGUGAUUACAUUUUAGACCGUGAAAACGAUUUGUGUUUCUUUUGUAGUUUUUUUUCCCUUUUUUGUGUGUAUGGCAACCGAAAGUUGGUAUGAUUGGGGAUGUUGGUCCCAACUGAUUCCUAACAGGAGUGGUCUUGGUUGAUUUUCUA